UCAAACCAUGACAAGUGUUCAAAAAACCUUUUUCCUUCAAGAGGAAAGCAAAACUUCACUCGGCAUCCUUCUCUAAUAAAGUUAGUGGAACGUAUAGAGAAUGAGAGAAGAAAGAUCCGAUCUCCUCCAACCAGGCCAGUUAAAAUAAGUGCAAGUACUGAUCAAAAUUUAUCAGCUUUCCAAAGUGAAAUGGCUCAGGUUCCAGCAAUGGCUGAACAUCAGCUGGACGGACAAUCAAAGAAAGAGGUGAAAAUGAUAUUAUCAGGAUCUGCUUUGGAAUGUAAUCUGUCCUCGCCUGAGACAGUCCCCAAGCCCGAACCUCCUCACCCCGCAGCACCCUCUCAGCUGCCAGCUCUGACACAGCCACUGGGUGUCUGUCCUCCAAGCCACGGUUCAGUCUCACCAGUAAUACUACCUCAUACUCAUUCUGGUGUUUCAUAUGCAAUAUAUCUGCAUCCUUCCCAAGCCCACACUGUGACAACAUACAGCCCAAGUUACAUUGUGCAGCCUCUACCGUGUGCUCAUGUAACUGGAAUUGAGAGUAUUAAUUCCAAAGUAUUAAAGAAAAUAACCACUGAGGAAGGAGACAAUCAGAUAGCUACAGAUGAGCCAACAAAAUCCCUGACAGCUAAAGAAAGACCACCUACAACAUCAGAAGCUGCAUCACAGAGGUGCCUUAAAAGAUCACAAGCAUUAGAAGAGAAUAAUUUAAUUAAAAGGUAUAGAAGAGAUGAGGAAAGCCUUGAUACUUCUCUGGGAGAAUCCAUUAAAAGUGAAAGACCGCCUUCCAAUAGCUCACAAAUUAAUCAAGCAACGAACAAUAUCAAGGAAGAAAGACAGAACAAAACAAACAUGUCGGGUUGCUGUAACCAAUCUAAAGGAGAAGAUAUUCCAGAAGAUAAGGACAAAAUCAAAACUAAACAAGACAUACCUGUAGUGUUUGCCAUUCCUGGUCGUGAG